ACCUGUCAUCUUACAAAUGAAGAAACUAAGAUCUAGAGAAGUAAAAGUAACUCGCCAGGGGGACCAGGACUCUCUUGUGGAAGUAGAAAAAGAAGAGAUUCUAGCUGAGGAAAACAAGGAGGUGGUACGUGGAACUGUAUUGGACAUGGAUGUUCAUCAGAGAGAAAAUGGGUCAGCUGUGAUGGCCGCAUGGGCCAAGCUGGUGGCAGAUGCUCAGGCUAGGAUGAAGGCAGCAACUGAAAUAUUUUCCUUGGCACAGUCAGAAAAUCUUGAUGAAGUUGUUGUGCUUUUUCCUACAAAGACUAAGUCCAAUACAGGUGCCACAACACCUCAGAAACCUCAGAAUGAUGAAGUUCCUCCUAUGCCUACCCCUCUGCCUCCUCUGCAUACCGUCUCCCGAAAUAAUCUGCAGACCUGGUGCCAGAGACUCAAUAUCAGCAAAAAUGGCCGGAAGCACAUUCUAUACAAGAGACUUAUGGACCAUGUGUCACCUUCUGAGCAAGACAUCUCUACAGUAGAAGAAAAGGCCCAGUGGAUAAAAAUCAAAACAGAAGCUUUGCUUGAAGAGGAUUCUCCAGGUGAAAGUCAGGCAGUGAGAGCAGCAGAGCCAUUCGUAAAUAAGAAAAAGAAAAGAGAGGCAACAAAGACUUCUCUGGUCCAGACAGCCAGCAUGGCAGCAUGGGGCAGGCUCAUGGCAACAGCCAAGGCCAAGGCAGUGUGGCCUGCCUUUGCAUCCUCUGAGCCUGCUAGGGCCAUUAAAUCAGAUUCCCCACGAUGGUGUGUAGUGCAUGGUGAAUCUUUUCCCAAUGAUAUCCCUGGUUCAGUUCCUCUUGAGUUCCAUGCUGGACAGACCUGGGUGCCUGAAGAAGACAUGUUGAUCCCUCUCCUGUUAUUGCCUACUUGUUCUUUCCCACCACCCAAUGUAGAAGACAACUGGUUGUGCCCCAAAUGCGUCAGCAGGAACAAAAUCAUGAUGGACAAUAUUCUAUAA